AUGAAUAAUAAAACUACAACUACAAAGAAAUCGAUUGGAGCAAUUUUCCUAAAAGAUGGAAUUGAAAGAAUUUUGAAAGAUGUGAAGGAAGAAGAGUCUGGAUGGAUUAUUAAAAGGAGCGAACAUGACCAUUCACAAUUGAAAAAAGCAUGCGAGUGCACUUUGGAGAUGCAAGAACUAAACUCACAUGACGAUCAUCUAUCUGAAGCCAGCUCCUCUUUCGAAGCAGAUCAACAUUUCUUCACACUGGAAAUCGCUUGUCAAUCAAAGAGUCCAAAAGUUGUGGCAUCUUCACUGGCAUGUAUUCAAAAACUAAUUGCUCAUGGUUAUCUGAUUGGUAACAGAGUGGACACUUCAAACCCAGACCGGAAACUGAUUGAUCGGAUUGCUCAUAGUAUUUGCUCAACAACUUUGGCUCAUGAAUCCAAUGAAAAGGUGACUGUGAAUUGUAGUCAAGCUAUUCUGGAGAUGGUCGGAUCGAAGCAUUGUCAUGUUCAUGGAGAGUCUCUGAUUCUUGCCGUUCGGACGUGUUUCAACAUUUUUCUGUCGUCUCCUCCACUCAAAAAUGGUAUAAAAUCAGCGGCAGCAAGAUCAGCAGAGUUUACUCUUAAAAUGGGAACAAGUGACCGAGCUGGUAUUCACCGAACAAGUGUUUCGAGAUCCGAGAGCCAAGACCAAUCAUUAUUUCAAAAUAUCUAUCAGGAAGACGUGUUUUUGAUAUUCCAAGAGCUUUGUAUACUCUCGCAAAUCGAAGAAAAUGAGACAACAAACGACCAGCAGCUUCGAUUCAAAUUGAUGAUUCUUGGAAUUGUUCACGAGAUUUUUGAGAAUCAUUCUACCGUAAUCCAGUCAUCUGAACCGUGCAUAACUGUUAUCAAAAGAAUAUUAUGUAUUGGGUUGACUCAAAAUGCAACACUGAAUCCGAAUGUUCAAGUUUUCGAAAAAUCCUGUGAUCUUUUUGUGGUACUUUUAGACAAGUUCAAAGCGCAUUUGAAGCCAUCUAUCGAAGUAUUUUUCAAGGACAUCAUCCUCCCAAUUCUAGUCUUGGAUGCUUAUUCAUUUGACCAAAAACGGAUAGUAAUGAAAACUAUUGAAAAAAUCCUCACCAAUCCACAAUCUGUCGUUGAUAUGUAUGUGAACUACGAUCUGGGUCUAACAUCUGGAAAUCUUUUCAAACUAAUCGUAGAAGAAAUCUCGAAGACUACAGUUUUGACUGGAAAUGAUUAUACACCAUCUGCACAGAAAAUUAGAGAAAGCGAAAUGAGGAUAUUGGGAUUGGGAUGUCUUUCAAAUAUACUUCAGUGCCUGGUGGAUUGGUGGCAAGUCUGUGAAGUGCAAAAAAUCACCAGUGGUACAGAUGUUGAUGACGUGGACUCUGGAAAUCAAAAAAAGACGGAGCUGGAAAAGUUUGAAUCAGUGAAACAACAGAAGAAUCUUCUGGAACAAGGCAUUCAGUUAUUCUCUACAAAACCAAAGAAAGGGUUGACAUUCCUUCAAGAAAACGGAUUCAUUGGGAAUUCUGCAGAAGGCGUGGCACAGUUUAUGAUGAAAGAGGAGCGUUUGGAUAAAACGCAAGUUGGAGAUUAUCUAGGAGAUCCUGAUGAGUUCAAUAGUUCUGUGAUGAACGCGUACAUUGAUAUGUUGGAUUUCUCGUCGAUUGGAAUUCUUCCAGCGCUAAGAUUGUUUUUGGAAAAGUUUCGAUUACCAGGAGAAGCCCAAAAAAUUGACCGUUUGAUGUUGAAGUUUGCCUCCAGAUACUUGGAUUGUAAUCCGAAUCAAGAAAUCUUCGCAAACGCGGAUGCUGCGUAUGUUCUAGCGUUCUCUAUCAUAUUACUCACCACUGAUCUUCACAACAAAACGAUCAAAAAUAAAAUCACAAAAGAAGGAUACAUCAGUAUGAACAGAGGAAUCAAUGAUGGCGGUAAUAUACCUGAAGAGCUUUUGGUUUCAAUUUUCAAUGACAUUUCAAAAAAUGAAAUCAAGAUGAAAGCAGGGGCAACUGCGUUACUAAGAUCUCGAGUGACUCCAGGACAAGGUUCAUUGGCUACAGAUGAGGAGAGAAGGAAAAUGGCUGCAGUAGAGAUGGAAGCUAUGUCGCAGACAGCUAGGUCACUGAUGGAAUCUGCUUGUGACACAGACUCUCAUUUCACUCCUGCACAACAUCAACAUCAUGUGAAACCAAUGUUCGAAAUCUGUUGGGCACCUUGUUUGGUAGCCUUUUCAAUGGGAGUGCAACUGUCCGACGACGAAGAAGAAUGUGCGAUAUGUCUGAAAGGAUUACGGUUGGGCGUACGAGCUUCGUGUUUUCUACAAGAUAGAACUGAAAAAGAGACUGGAGAGAAAAAUGUGAAUGAGAAGAAUAAGAAGAAGGAGGCGUUCAUUAAAGCACUGACUGAUUUCACACUGCUCACUCAUAAAAGUUCGCUUGGAGAUAUGAAGAAGAAAAAUGUGGAAGCAAUCAAAACGCUUCUUCUGAUUGGAAAUGAGGAUGGAGAGUAUCUGGAAGAAAGUUGGAUUGAUGUUAUGAGAUGUAUGAGUUAUUUGGAAUUGGUACAAUUGAUAGGGACUGGGUUGAAUUCGAACAUGUCCCAUGAAGAUGAUAGCAGUCUACAUUAUGUAAUGAAAGCGACUGGUGAGAUUGAUGAAGAAACGCUCGAAAUCGUUCGAGAAUCUCUUGGUGACUCUUUCUCACAAGAAGUUGUCGUGGCAAUCGAUAGGAUAUUUAAUAGCUCUUCUCGCCUCUCAGCAGAAGCCAUCGUCCAUUUUGUAGAUGCCCUUUGUCAAGUGUCCAGAGAAGAACUCUCCCAUCCAGAUGCGCCAAGAAUGUUCUUGCUCGGGAAAGUAGUCGAUGUGGCAUUCUACAAUAUGAACAGGAUUCGUUUCGAAUGGGGACGCAUUUGGACAGUGAUUGGAGAGCAUUUCAAUGCGGCUGGUUGCAAUCCAAAUGAAUCUGUGGCAUACUAUUCGAUCGAUGCUUUGAGACAAUUGUCGAUUAAGUUUUUGGAGAAAGGAGAACUUCCGAAUUUCAAAUUUCAAAAGGAAUUUUUGCGUCCAUUUGAAGUGAUAAUGUUGCGAAAUGAAAAUGCUCAAGUCAGAAAUCUCGUCGUUCAAUGUUGCACCUAUUUGGUCAAAGCCCACUCAUCGUGCCUACGCUCUGGAUGGCAGAAUAUCUUCUCUGUUUUGACGCAUUCUUCUGGAGACCCGUCAAUGGAGAUUGUGAAAAAUGCAUUUCAAACCACUUGCUUUGUCACUGAGCAUCGGUUGAAACAUGAUUUCUCAGCAAUCCUGGAAUCAUUGCAAGACGUGUUGAAAUGCCUUGAAGAGUUCGCUUGUAACCCAAAUCUUCCGGGGAAAAAUACAGAAGCAAUCAGGUUGAUUGGAAUUUGUGCAGGAUUCGUCUCUGAGAACAGCCACAGAAUCGAUGAAGACCCUCACCGAGAUAGUCACUUUUUCAAAGGGCUGUCUUCGGAUCAGCAGAUUUGGCUACGUGGAUGGCUUCCGAUAUUUCUAAAAUUAAGCAGUAUUAUCAAUGAAUCCAGAUCAGAUGUUCGCAAACAAAGUUUAAAAGUGAUGUUCGAAGUUAUGGAUCAUCACGGUGGGGACUUCAAACCAGAAUGGUGGGAGGAUCUGUUUGAUAUUGUAUUCAAGAUUUUUAAUCCGACGAAAAUCGAAAUUCAUGAUAAGGAUAUUCUGCAGAAGCAAGAAUGGAUAUCCACUACCUGUAAUCAUGCGAUGCCAAAAGUUGUGGACGUAUUCACCAAACACUUCAGUCUGUUAUCCGUGGAACUGCUGCCCAGAAUUUACAAACAGUUUUCGGAUUUUCUACAGCAACGUCAGUAUAAUCAUAGAAUAUCCUAUGAUUGUUUGAGUUCAACUUUUCCAGACAACGAACAACUUUCUCUAUGUGCAAUCAGUUGCUUCGAAUGGCUGAUAACUCGAAACGGUGAACGAUUUACGGAAUCCAUGUGGACACAGACCAUCGAUCUCAUAGAAAAUCUGUUUAUAAUUCUUCCAUCGACCACGUCCGAGUUUUCUGCGAUUCGCUACGAACUGGUGGAUUCAAUAUCUCGUUUCACUUUGGGAGCAGAUCAAAAUGUCUCGGGACCAAAGAAUAACAUACCAGAUGAUGGGUUAUUCAUUCAUGUUUCUCCAGAUUCGCUCCUGAGAAUUUGUCAUGUUCUUGCUCAAAACUACAAAAUGGCCAAGCAGUCGACUGAUGAUGGAUCUUCUUUGAUUAGGCUAGAAACCCGCUCCCUGAGUACUAUGCUCUCGAUUGUGCUCCGCUUACUGUAUGAUAUUCGUGCUGACAAGUUGAAAGGAGAAGUUUCGAGAAGGGUUACCGAAGUGGUUGCUCUCUCAUUUGAGGGUUACAGUACAUUGAUGUCAGGAACUAAUCGGGAAGCAUACGAAACUGUUGUAUGUGAACUUUUAUCAGAGUGUAACAAGCUUCCAAACGAAAUGCUGGCGACACUGGGUCCCGAUUUUCCGUCAAAACUCUGUGAUCUGGUGAGAACUGUAGAUGGUCAAAGAAUGAGAGAUCUUCUAUGUGAUCUUCUUCGACGAUUCACUUGUAAAUAA